GAAAGGGCUGCGGGGCUUUGCCGUCUCUCUCUCUGUCUCUCUCUGCCUCGCGCUGCUGCUGUCGGCGCGAGGCUGCCGCCGAGAGCGGAGCAGAGCGAGCGGCGCCGGCGCUGUGCAUGCUGGGCUCCGAUCAUGGUGGGCUCGCGCUAGAGGCAGGAAGGGCUCGAGCCAGUUCCCCCCUCGCCCCCGGUAGCCACGCGCCUCCCGGUCGGCGAGUCCCGGGGAGAGAAGACACCGACCGGGAAGGGGGCUGGUACCGCCGGGCGCUCGCUCUGUCCCGCACCGCAGCGCCCCGGGACCGCUCGCCGGAGGAGGAAGGGGGGGUUGCCCCGGGUGCCAGCCGCUGUGGGGGGACGGGACCGGACCGUGCCCCCCGCCGCUGCCCCCCGCGUGCCCAGCCCCGGGAGAUGGUGACACAUGAGGCGCGCUGGCAGGAGCAUGGUUGAAAGGACCAGCAAGUUCUUGCUGAUCGUGGCCGGCUCGGUGUGCUUCAUGCUCAUCCUGUACCAGUACGUGGGGCCGGGGCUGAGCCUGGGGGCGCCCAGCGGCCGCGCCCCGGCCGAGGAGCUGGACCUCUUCCCCACGCCGGACCCGCACUAUGUCAAGAAGUACUACUUCCCCGUGCGGGCGCUGGAGCGGGCGCUCGCCUUCGACAUGAAGGGCGAGGACGUGAUCGUCUUCCUGCACAUCCAGAAGACGGGCGGCACCACCUUCGGCCGCCACCUGGUGCAGAACGUGCGGCUCGAGGUGCCCUGCGACUGCCGGCCCGGGCAGAAGAAGUGCACCUGCUACCGGCCCAACCGCCGGGAGACCUGGCUCUUCUCGCGCUUCUCCACCGGCUGGAGCUGCGGGCUGCACGCCGACUGGACCGAGCUCACCAGCUGCGUGCCCGGCGUGCUGGACAAGAGGGAGAGCGCCGCGCUCAAAGCCCCCAGAAAAUUUUACUACAUCACGCUGCUGAGAGACCCUGUGUCCCGUUACCUCAGUGAAUGGAGGCACGUCCAACGUGGAGCUACCUGGAAAACUUCCUUGCAUAUGUGUGAUGGUCGGACACCAACCCCUGAAGAGCUGCCAUCAUGCUAUGAAGGCACAGACUGGUCAGGAUGCACGCUGCAGGAGUUCAUGGAUUGCCCGUAUAACUUGGCAAACAACCGCCAAGUGAGGAUGUUGGCUGACUUGAGCUUGGUGGGCUGCUACAACAUGUCUUUUAUCCCUGAGAACAAGCGAGCACAGAUCCUGCUAGAGAGCGCAAAGAAGAACCUUAGAGACAUGGCCUUUUUUGGCUUGACAGAGUUCCAGAGGAAGACUCAAUACCUGUUUGAGAGAACUUUUAAUCUGAAAUUCAUCAGGCCCUUCAUGCAGUACAACAGUACAAGGGCAGGCGGAGUGGAGGUGGAUAACAACACCAUACGGAGGAUUGAGGAGCUCAAUGACUUGGACAUGCAGCUCUAUGACUAUGCAAAGGACCUUUUCCAACAGCGCUACCAGUACAAGCGGCAGCUGGAGAGGAUGGAGCAAAGGAUAAAGAAUCGGGAAGAGAGGCUUCUUCACCGGUCCAACGAGGCACUUCCCAAGGAAGAGACAGAAGAGCAAGGACGCUUGCCCACUGAGGACUACAUGAGCCAUAUUAUAGAGAAGUGGUAGCCUAGGCAGACUUUUAUACUGAAUGGGAUUCUAGGGUUUCCUGUUAAAAGAUCAUGGAAGUAAAAAUACAAAACCACCCCCAACAAAUCUUUUAUUUAAAAGCAAGUCUGUAAAACAGAAGGUAGCAUUCUUCUUUAAACAAUGGGUCUUUUUACUGUUUCUUACAAGACCAAUGAGAUUCUUAAAAAAAUAAAUAAAUACCUAAAAAAUAAAAAAGGGUCAACAUUAAAACUCAGAUUUAAAAAUGCACAAAUUCAGCCACCCGCUUUUGAGGCCAAAUACAAUGUAAUGUUUCUUAUCCUCCCAAAUUCAGAAACAGAUGGCAGAGGUAGGAUCUUUUAUUAAUCUGUUUUUCCCCUGAGUAUAAAGACAGAUAUACAAACACACACAUGUAUAUAGAUAAUUUUUUAAAUCAAGGUUUCCCUUUGUUUCCCUUCUUUUUUGUGGGGGGAGGUUAAUGGGGGCGUUAUUUUUGUUUUGCUAAAGUAAGGAUAGUAGUGGCAAGGUUGAUUGCAUGCUAAGCUAUUAGGGCAUGAUCUAGCCACAGGGGCAGCUGCUUAGACUCAAAUGGUAACCACUGUCAAGAAAAUGGAGCAGAAUAAAAAUAAAAGAAGAAAGACAGCAGAGGAUGAGAAACAUUAAAGCAAAUUGACUGUGGCCUAGAAUAUAUACUUAGCACAAUGGUUUUGAUACAUUGCACUGGUGUCGCACAUGUAUGCCACUUUACCAUAGUAACAAUAGUUAGUGAAUUCAUGCACAAACCUCUCCAGCUUCUGCUUCACAAAGAAGUUCCAAAAGCCAAAUAAAAGCCAACCAAAUUCCAUGUAGAAUCACACACGUAAACACAGAUGGAAUCUUGUCACCCCUUCCCAUGUGCAGUACAUUCCUUAAUCAAUGUAACUUGUAAACAGCACAUGAAAAUCCUUUUCUGUACAUGAAACAAGCCAAGCAGAGAGAGAGAAUAGCAUCACUCCCGCAUGGACCUGCAUCAGGUAGAGUUCUAGUAAUACCCUGCAAGUACUCAGUUAUGAAUGGAGACAUGUUUAUUUUGCUGGGAUGUGUGUGUGUGUGAAAUGAGAUCUUAAUUACAGAGAACACAUACUUACACAUACCUAAAUUUCAAAAGUGCUAAUUUUUUUAAAGAUAAAUUAUGUUCCCAAUCCUGCUCCCACCAAAGUCAAUAGCAAAACUUCCACUGAUUCCAAAGGGAGCAGUCUGAGACUUUGUUCCAGGGCAAUAAGAUUUCCUGCUACUGGUCUGAAUUAAUCUGGUGACAGUGCAUGCUGUAUUUUGGCAGAAUGGCCUUUUCUGUAGAUCUUAUUUUAAACAAGGUGCACUCAUAAACCUGGAAAGGGAAAUCAAUGGUAAUGGUUUUCAGUCUGAGGCCCUCAUCAGACCAGCACCCUUCUCAUUUUGAGAGAGUCUGGUAACUUUCAUUCCCCAGUCUGUGGCAGUCUAACCAGCUUCUGCCUACUCAAAUCAAUUCAGAGAGCAGCAAUGGAUUGUCACAUUUCCCCCACACUCUGUUCAAAUCCGUCUAUUUUUUGUCAUUGCUAUUGCUAUUCUAAGCACUUCUGCGUUGGUCUGAAGCAUGCAAAAGAAGCAGGUUUUGUCUGCUCCAUACAUUACCCAUUAUUACCUGGCCCCUAGGACCUGAACUGGCUACUGUUUAGGGUGAAGUAUGAAUCAAAUGGGAGACACCUUGAUUUUCAGAGGCUGUGUUAACUGCAGAUCAAAUAUGACAGUGAAAUCACAGGAGGAGAGCCAGAGAGAUAUAUUCAGCUCCAGCAUGUCCUUUUUACAGAGUUGUCUUUCCCUUUACAGGAAUGUACUGAGGUGUUGCUCACUUUGUAUUUUAAUUCUCUCUCUGCCUUUGCAUGCUGUUACCAACACUGUAGAAUUCAAAUUGAGUUUUGCAGGGGAGGUGGAUGCCUGCUGCAGGAGCUGCCUGAUUUCCAAGACAUAAACUGUGAGCAUCUGGACAGAAAACCUGAGCAACACUUGGGGUUAAAACAUAACCCUAUUAUGGCUCUGAUCCAGAGCCCAUUGAAGUCAGUGGGAGUCUUUUGUUUGAUUUCAGUGGGGUUUGGAUCAGGCCCUCACAGCCUGGGCCAGCAGAGUACUUACACAUCUUAACUUUAACCAUAGUGAGACAUGCUGAAGUGCUGUGUUACAUCAGGCUUAUCAAUCAACACCUGCUAGUGUUGUUCUCUUUAAGGGUCUGUCAGUGUUUCCAUUAAGAACCGCUCCCGGUUUUCAGAGGUGUAUAACAUGGCCAUAAAUAUUUGUUCCGGGCUGAAAUGUGGAAAGCAAAACCUCCCCUUCAAAGGAAUUUGGUUUGGGGGCAGAGGGUGUUACAAACCCAUUCCUUCACCUCUAAAUUCCAGGAUUAGGAAUAACAAUGCUUGCUGGUUCCCAAUGCUCGUGUGUGUUGCUGUAACUAAAGAAAACAUUGACUUUUACAAAAUGCAGUUUUACAGGCUGUUUAUCCACAAAACUAUACACGAGCUAUAAAAAGCAACUGUUUUAUGUGCACACUAUCAAACUUUACCCGAAGGCUUCUCACUGUGCAUUCAGUGUUAUGGAUCCAUAAUGCACAAAUAGUUACUAAACUAAUCCAUAUUCAAAGUACGCAUCCAAACAGCUCCACAAGAGAGCAUGCUGUGCAGUACUACAUACACUGGUACUGAGUUCUGAGAACAAUUAUUAUACUGAGGGCCAAAUUCUGCCUUCAUUUACACAAAGGUUGACAAUGAAUGGAGCUGCCCGAGCAAGGCUGGCAGUAGAAUUUGGCCCAGUCUGGCUAGGUUAUUUCUGCAUUAUGGGCUCUAAAUAACUGGCUGAAUUUUAGUGGAUCUGUCUACAUGGUUCAAAAUUAGAAGGAACCUCUGACCUCAAGAGCGUGUCAGGGGUAGACUUCUUUUCAACAUUUGCUUUGUAAUAUAUUACAGUAACCAACAAAUGAAAUGAAACUACAGAGUAUUGUUAACAGUUCACUUAAACCCACAAAAGGAAGAAGAGAGAGGUAUGAUGAUUUUUAGUGGUCUGAGCUCAGUCCAGAGAGUCAGAAAUUUCCAUGUUCAAAUCCUGGCUCGGACACAUCCCUUCAGUUCUGCCUCAGUUUCCCCAUCUGCUCAUUGGGAAUAACAAUACUUACUGCAAAGAAGCUUUGUGAGGGUUAACUAGUGCAAAGUGGUGCAAAAAUAAAUUCUAAGUGUGAUUAAAGGAAACAAAGGAUACCCAGCCCGCUAUGGCCAGUUGUUUGGCCAAAGACCUUACACUAAUUUACUCUUAAGGGCUGGGUGCCAGGCAGUAAGCUGUAGGAUACAUCACUUGUCUGACACAGAAUUUUCUUGCUUUAGUGGGCUUAAAGGAGCUUCUUUGACAUAAUGUGAAUGUAGUUUAUUGUGAUUUAUAUGUACUACAAUUUGGAGUGGUACCACUUUUUAGGAGCAGAUUAUCUGAUGCUACAAUAACAUGAAAAAUGUAUGUGUAGUUUUAAAAUUAAUAGACACCAUCUGCUUUAAGAAACUCCAGUGGAAUUAUUGGCCAGAUAUUUUGUUGUUGUUAAAUAUGUGCCCCUCUCUUCCAAUACAUCUCCCCUGCUGCUCCCUGAGCUUUCUAUACAAUUAGAGCUUCUUAUAUACAAUGCUUCUUCAUUAAGCAAGGAAAUAUUUCAUAACAGCAAUAGGUGUAGUGAAGACAAUUGCGAGAUUCUGACAAAGACUCCCAUUGAAUUCAAUGGGAGUUGAAUCCGGUCCCAAGUCAAUACAACACUCGCUAUUACAUUGUUUUCCUGCUAUGAUUGCAGGGAGCUUCCAGGGAAAGUCUUCACUGCAAUUGGGAUCUUUAUGGGGUGUUAAUGGGAAUUUAUACAAGCAUUAAUGCUUAGUGUGAGUGGUUACAUUGGAGCUGCAUUGUUGGCACCAUGAACGACCAUGGCCUGACUCUCCAUUUUCUUAGAGUUUAUGUUGUCAUUACACCUGUGCAAAAAGAGGUGUGACAUGCUCCCACCAGUGUGCAGAGAAUUCUGAUCCAGUAGUACGUCGCUUUCACUUUGCACAGCUAUAAGUGCAAGAACCAGGCCACCGUGUGCUUUUAGACUCCUGAAAAGAGAAACUUCACUGCUUGAAGUGUGUUGUUGCUGAUGAGCCUGAAUCUGAAUGGUUAUACUGAAUGAGAUUCCUGCCCACACAAACACUAGCCAGCCAAUUAGGUGCCCCUUUUCGCCAUGCCCGUUGAAAAAUGUGCAGUAUUGACUGGAAAGGAUGCUGUGUCCUGUAACUUUUUGCCCAGUCAGUUGUAUCUUACAUUGUAGAGGUAGGCAAAACAUCUCACAACAAAGGGUUCUUUGUGAAUUAAAUACAAUUUAGCACAGGUCAUUUUUCUGGUCUUUAUUUCCUUUCUUCUCAGACUGCUCUCUUCCAUAGCAUCCCUGCCCAAAUUUGUGUUAGAACACUUUAAAAGCAAAAUUUUGGAGUGAAUUUAGUGUGAUUCAGACUGUGUCACUCCUGCAAGCUGCAGUCCCAUGCAGGGGUGCUGGAACAAUUUGUGAAGUGGCGGUGCUGAGAGCCACUGAACCAAACUGAAAACCCCGUAUAUGAUGGAAACCACUUCAAGCCAGGGCAUGCAGCAGCACCUCCAGUACCCCUAGUUCCAGCACCUAUAGUCCUAUGUCUAUUCACAAAAGGACAGCAUAGGCAGUAGCAUCAAAAGCCUCCAGUGUGCUUUUUGAACCGUUCUUACAAUUCAGACUCCAUGGUCAUUCGCUUCUUAGCUUUGUUCCUCUGCUGGCAUCACAAGCAAGAAAGUACAGCUGUCAAUAGCGAUGCAGACACUUGUCCAUUAGAAACUAGAUUGAGGCACAGAGAUCACCUGCUCACUUGACCACUGAACAGCUAUCAUAUGGUAUUGACCGUGUUAUUACUGAGCAAGGUAUGACUUUAAUUUGUGACAAAGUUAAAAGGCUCCAUUGCCCUUUAUUACCAAUUCUUUGAGCCAGCCUCCCCCUCUGGAAUUUUUUGAAGGUAACAAAUAGGUAGCACUACAGUAAUCUGCACACAGGCUUACUAAAUGUAGUAUUUCAAAGGAUAUGUUUCGGUAUGCAGUCCACAUAAUUUGCUGCAUUCAAAUCACAGUGCUACUGGGUUAGCUUUUGUUCUCGUUUUUGUUAAUAUUAGCAUAUCAUGUUUCAGUAGCAGAAAUGAACUGGCUGAAUGCUACUAGAGCCAGGCCUUUAAAGCACAGCUCAGUUAGCAGUAGUUCCUGUUAAAGCAAUGAUCAGUGGGUCCCUCACACACAAUCAGAGUUAUCUGUGGCUGCCUGUUUGUCCUAUCUACAGGAACUCUGGCAAGGGGAAUGUGGUCCUUAUAACCACCUGGGUAUUAAAGCUUGCUUUGCCCACCCUAAGGGUGGUGGUUUUCAGUACAAUUCUUAGCCAUCCAAGAUGAAAAGCAUGAUUUGCAAUCAAGCCUUUUUCUUCCCCCAAGUCCCCACUUCCUCAGCCCUCCCAGGGGUCCCUUCUACAUACUGGAUUGAGAGAGCUGUACUAUAAUUAAUUUUAUAUUAAAAUGGUUUCUGAGCAUGAUUUGUUUUGUACAUAUUGGAAUAUGUUUUUAACUUAUUUUUAUUGCCCCUUUUCAUUCAUUUUAAUUGCUUUUUUUUUAAAAAACAACUCAGAUGUGAAGUUUGUGUGUGUAUAGUCUGCCACGCAAAUGAACAGCAGCCACAGGAUUUACCACCAGUUUUAUUGGUAAUGGAUCUGAUUUUGUGUUGAUGUCAUUUGCUUUUGUCUGAGGUUUCACUUGUGUUCUCUUUAAUUUCCACUCUGCUGUACAAGGAGUACCGCAGAGGUAAUGGACAAUGGAGACGGAGCAUUCAUUUCCUUCCCCUUUCUUGUGUGUUUUAUCUACCAAGGAACUCAGUUCUUAUCUCUAGGAGUUGUGUGACUGAGGGUAAAAACUAAAAUUAAAAUAAAACCCUUCACUCCUGUUUUCCCCCCAGUUGUAGAUCAAACAGAUUCAGCUUCUUUUAAAAAGCAUAGUGGCUGAGGCCAUCCACCUAAGUGUUUCCAUUGGGCUGAAUCUGUAUGGUUUGCACUUUCAUUUUUGGAAUUAAAAAAAACUGUUUAACUUAAGCCAAGUACCACUUAAAGCUUUAUAUAUUUAUUUAUAGCAUCCUACAAAAAGAAGUGUUAAGGUUUGUUUGUUUUCUUUCCACAAAAAAAAAUUGAUUCAAAAUAAUAAUCUAAUUGUUUUUGUCUAGAUCAAGAAUGAAUGUUAGCAGAUGAAAUAAACCCUAAAACCGA